AUGCGCACUCCCCCCGCUUCCUUUGCUUUCUCCGCCGCUUCCUCGCCCCAUCACCACCGCGCCACCAUGCCGCCGCGCCGCCGGGGAUCUUCUGGCUACCGCGGCGUCCGCGAGCACCCCUCCGGCGCCUUCUACGCCGAGAUCCGGUGUGGCGACGUCCGCCCCGGCCUCGGCACGUUCGAGACCGCACAUGAGGCCGCCCGCGCGUACGACGCGGCGGCGUGGCGCCUCCAGAGGCCUCGCGCGCAGAUGAACUUCCACGACGUCUUCACACGCGAGCAGGCGCAAGCCGUUGCCCCUCUGCCUCGUCUUAUAACAGAACAGGACCGUGAGGAACACUGUCGGUGGCAGCGCCGCCUCCUCAUCACCGAGGAGGACGAGCGAGCCAUGCCGGAGUGGCGCCGGCGCUACCCGCAGGACGUCGCCGACGAAAAUGCCUUCUAG